UCAUUUCAGUAGUAGCUUUAAUUUGCUCUUCCAUCAAUCGUGCCCACAGUGUGUGAGAGCAGAGCGCCGUCCGACUGACUUCGCCGAAGAGCUUUGCGGGUUUUCGCUUCCCUCUCCCGCCUAGAGUCUCCGAUUUGUCACUCCCCAGGGGAAAAAAAGCAAAAAAAGAAAAAGGGAAACACGCUUCCGUGCCGCAGGAUUUGUUGUGCUCUGCUCGUUGGAGGAGGCUGCGUGGUUUGUGCUGUGUUUCGACCGGUGUCUCCACGAUGCAGCUCGACGGUGAGGCUCCCGUGUGUGCGCGAUACCACUGCACAGCCAGCGGAUAACAGCCAAAGGCCAGCGAACAUGGAGGCCCACAGGGCACUGGAGCUCUUGGAAGAGUACCACAGCAAGCUGAGCAAGCCACAGGACAAGCAGCUACGCAAUGCCAUUGAGCGUGUGAUCCGUAUCUUCAAGAGUCGGCUCUUCCAGGCUUUGCUAGACAUCCAAGAAUUCUACGAGAUUACCUUGCUAGAUGACACAAAGAGCAUUCAGCAGAAGACAGCAGAGACCCUACAGAUCGCCUGCAAGUGGGAAAAUAGCCCGCCUAUCACAGGCACACAUUCCAAUAGCACAGAGAAGUACCGGUACCCGGAGGAAGUGGACCUCCCUCCCACGUCGUCGAGGCUCAAGGACGUAGACGGCUUGGGCACCAGCGUCGACCACUACUCUUCCAGCGCCGUCGAAUCGCCUAGGAAGGUGAGUGGCCCGAGCAUGCGCCUUGCCUCUUCCUUGUUUGUUUGCUCGUCUCUUUGUUGUGGGCUCUCAGAGCGGCUACGAGUCGCCGGUCGAAUGAGCCGUCGUUGCGUCUAA